AUGAAACAUUUUCUUGCUUCUCUGUGUCUGCUGGGGUCUCUUCUACACACCUCUGCUCAAUGCACUGUCCCAUCCUCAGAGUUUCAGUUGGAAGGAGAUUAUUUGAUAGGUGGACUUUUUGACAUUCAUCAUGUCAGUACCCCGCUUUAUAAUGACAGACCAGAGGCCAUCGACUGCUCCAGUAAACCCUUUAUUCUGUCAAAUUAUCGGCGGUUUCAGUUGAUGAGAUUCUCUGUAGAGGAAAUAAAUAACUCUACCAACCUACUGCCAAAUGUAUCUCUUGGCUAUGAGAUAUUUGACCACUGCUCAGAUACAGAGAAUUUCCCAGGAAUUUUCAACCUUAUCUCAGUCAAAGGUUUGAUCCAACCUUGGGAGGAACCACACAAGCAACAAAGACAUAACUCCAACAUGUCCAAAGUGAUAGCAGUGGUUGGUCCUUUUACAAGCACUCAGGCCCUGAGUGCAGCCCCAGUGUUCAUGAUGAAUCUCAUUCCUAUGGUCAGUUAUGGAGCUGCUAGCUCUGUCUUUUCAAGAAAACAGAAUUUUCCCUCUUUCCUACGAACAGUGCAUCCGAAUAAGGACGUCAUAGAAGUGAUUGUUAACAUCAUACUGCACUUCAACUGGCGCUGGGUUGCUUUUCUUAAUAUUGAUAAUGAUUAUGGCAAUGACGGCCUGGAAUUGUUCAUAAGAAAGAUUAAAGAUACUGAGAUCUGCCUGGCAUACACCAAAGGUCUCAAUUAUAAUACAAGUUACUCCCAAGUGUUCAAACAGCUAGAGGCACAGAAGAUACGGAUCAUUAUUGUUUUUGCUCCUGAAUGGACUGCUGAAGCUCUCAUUGAGUCAGCAAUACAACUGAAUAUCACAAACAAGGUGUGGAUAGCAGGGGAUGCCUGGUCUUUGAACAAGAAGCUCCCCAAGGAGAAAGGAAUCAGAAAUAUUGGAACUGUUCUAGGGGUCUCUGAGCCCUUCGUGACAAUCCCUGGUUUCAGUGAUUUUAUCCAUUCUUUCAAAAACCAGGCUCAAUGUGAAAAUGAAGGACAGCAGAGGUUUUGCAAUCAGGUUUGCAACUGCAGUAGCCCGAGUCCAGAAGACAUCCUUGCUGCAGACCCAUCUUUCUCUUUUCCUGCUUAUUCUGCUGUAUAUGCCAUUGCUCAUGCUUUACACAGUAUUUUGCAAUGUGGAGCUGGCAAGUGUAAUGGCAAUAUUACAGUGUACCCACACAUGGUUCUAGCAGAGCUGAAGAAGUCAGAUUUUACGCUUUUAAAUCAAAGUAUUCAGUUUGAUGAGAAUGGUGACCCCAGGUUCGGAGCCUAUUCUAUAGUUUUCUGGAACCACAGUGGAGAUGCACAGGAAAUCGGCAUUUACAAAUUUCACCCAUCAUUCGAUUUCUUCAUCAACAGCACCAAAAUUCAGUGGUACACAAACGGAAAAGUGCCUACUGCACUGUGUUCCCCAGAAUGUCCUGUAGGACAUGCAAAAAAGCCAGAUGGUAUCCACAAAUGCUGCUUCACUUGUGAAAUCUGUCCAAAUGGAACUUACAUCAACAGCACAGAGGAUCCCUACAAAUGCAUCAACUGUAAGGAGACAGAAUGGUCUGCAGACGGAAGUACACAAUGCAAUCUGCGGGUGGUGGAGUACAUCCCAUUCACAGACACCGGGGCUAUACUGAUCAUGGUCGGGGCCUGGGUCAUGGUGGGACUCACACUAGCUGUGUCUGUUCUCUUUGCCUUCAACUACCACACUCCUGUUGUCAAAUCUGCUGGGGGACCGAUGUGCUUCUUAAUUUUAGGCUGCCUCAGUCUGUGUACUCCAAGUGUGUUCUUUUACUUUGAUAAGCCAUCAGUUUCUCUCUGUAUCUUAAGGUUCUUACCAUUCAUUCUGUUCUACACUGUUUGUCUGGCAUGUUUUGCUGUGCGCUCUUUUCAAAUUGUUUAUAUUUUCAAAAUAGCUGCCAAGUUCCCCAAGCUCCACAGUUGGUGGAUGAAAUAUCACGGACAAUGGCUGGUCAUCACUGGGGCUUUUGUUACUCAGGCACUCUUACUUCUUAUUAACUAUUCUUAUGGACCCCCCAAACCUUACAAUGAAAUAUCGUGGUACCCAGACAAAAUCAUCCUUGGUUGUGACAUCCGUCUGAACGCAUCCUCCAGUUCUGUGACUUUACUUAUAUUUUUGUGCUUUCUUUGCUUUAUUUUCUCCUACAUGGGAAAAGACCUCCCAAAAAAUUACAAUGAGGCCAAAGCAAUAACGUUCUGCCUGCUCCUGCUGAUCCUCACCUGGAUCAUCUUUGCCACUGUGCAUGUGCUUUACCAUGGAAAGUACAUCCAAACUCUUAACUCGCUGGCAGUUCUCUCCAGUCUCUACUCCUUCCUGUUGUGGUAUUUCUUCCCAAAAUGCUACAUCAUCAUUUUUCAACCUUACAAAAACACGCAGCAAUACUUCCAAGGUCUCAUUCAGAAUUAUACCAAAGCAAUUGGCCAGUAGCAGCUUAAUGUAAUUGUGUUAGUGUAGACUGAGGAACCGAUGGCCUUCUGAAUACUUUUUAAAAAAUAAUAAUAAUUUUGUUUUUUAGAGUAGAUUGUCAAAAAGUUACAUAGUAAUCUUUGUCUUUUUCUUUUGUUGUUAUCUACUUGUGUGACAAAUGUUUUUGUUUGGUAAUUUGGUUGUUUUACUAUGGGGUGUAUAAAUAAGGGACGCACUCAUACUAUUAUUUCAGGGAUGGUCGGCAUCUCAUAGUGCUUGUCUGAAAUCUCUGACUUCAGAAACUAAACCAAAUUAAACCAGUCUACAGCCAUGCCAACCUCAGCCUGCUAACAGGCUCAAAAUAACAAUGCUUCUGUCGUGUCAGUUUAUGUAAGUGGCUGCAUGGUAGCUAUUGUGAUCGUACAGUAGUGACAUUGUUGUGCUCAUAUAUACCCUUGUAUGAU